AUGGAUGCGACAUUCCCCUCUCCUUCCAGGCACACCUCUCGCCACCGCGAUGAGCAUCCUACUCCAAAAAACCGCAAACCCAACGGUGGAAUAUCGGGGAGCGCCAACGUCAUAUUCAACGCCGACCACCCACUGCAAAAGAGUGGGAGGACGAACUGCUGGGCGUUACUGGACCGGCUUUCCCAAGACAAGCAGAUGGCCGUUCAAGUACUUCCCCCAAUGCAGAUCGCAAGCCACACGGCGUUUUACGCAGUAUCCGCUCCAGACGGCACAGAGGGCAAAUGGCACGGCUGCGCAGAGCCGGCACUUCCGCAUGCAGGAGCGAUGAUUGUGUACGCUCGUGACGUACUUUCAGAUGGGUGCCUCUUCUUGGCACAUGCAGGCGGAGACAGCACAGGCGCUGCGCAUUCUCCGUAA